UAUUUAACCGUUUUCUGCGUCCUUAAACCCAUCUUCGUCAUCAUCACAAAAAAUCACAGUUCACAUUCAGAGCAUUAAAAUAAUAGAUCUCUGUGUUUAUGAAAGGAAAUAUAUUCCAAUUUUAAAACCCAGAUAUUUUUGUCUUUUCAAAGUUUUCAACUUUCUUUCUCUCUGCCUCAGCUUCAGGCAUUCUCUUCUCUCUUAAAAAGCGUGAGGGAGGAGACCCAAGAACCUAAAACCCUGGUGUUUCUGUUUCUGCUCCAUCUGGGUCUCUCCAAUGGCGAGUUGGGUCCUCUCAGAAUGUGGCCUAAGGCCUCUCCCCCAGGUUUCACCGAGACCCAGAACCAGAAUCGCCGCAAACCCAAUAAAGCUUCCGACUUUGCAGAAGAACAACUUCGCAGAUCUUGGAUUCGGGUCGACCGGAAUUUCAAGUGGGCGCUUUAGAAGGUGGGGAGUGAAGGUGAGUGCCCCAUUGAAAGUUGCUUCUACAGAAGAAGAUGAGGCAGAGAGAAUGAGAGUCAAUGGCGUUAAUGGAGAUGAAGAAGAGAUUGAAUUCGAUCCGGGCUCACCUCCACCGUUCAAAUUGGGUGAUGUUAGAGCGGCAAUCCCAAAGCACUGUUGGGUUAAGGACCCAUGGAGGUCCAUGAGCUAUGUGGUUAGGGACGUGGUGGUGGUUUUUGGGUUGGCUGCGGCUGCGGUUUAUAUGAACAAGUGGUAUGUUUGGCCUCUGUAUUGGGUUGCUCAGGGGACCAUGUUUUGGGCUCUCUUUGUUCUUGGUCAUGAUUGUGGACAUGGAAGCUUUUCGAAUAAUCCAAAGCUAAAUAGUGUGGUUGGACAUCUAUUGCAUUCUUCCAUACUUGUACCCUAUCAUGGAUGGAGAAUUAGCCACAGGACUCACCAUCAAAACCAUGGACAUGUUGAGAAUGAUGAAUCAUGGCAUCCGUUGUCCGAGAGAAUUUACAGAACUUUGGAUAAAACAACAAAAAUGUUGCGGUUCACUUUGCCUUUUCCCUUGCUUGCAUACCCUUUCUACCUUUGGAAUAGAAGUCCAGGAAAGACUGGUUCUCAUUUUGAGCCAAGCAGCGACCUCUUUGUCCCCAAUGAGAAGAAAGAUGUGAUCACUUCCACUGUAUGUUGGAUAGCCAUGGCUGCUUUGCUUGUGGGAUUAUCAUUUGUGAUUGGUCCUAUUCAAAUGCUUAAGCUCUAUGGAAUUCCCUACUGGGUAUUUGUCAUGUGGUUGGAUUUAGUGACUUACUUGCACCAUCAUGGUCCCGAAGACAAGUUACCGUGGUAUCGUGGAAAGGAAUGGAGUUAUCUGAGGGGAGGGCUCACAACACUUGAUCGUGAUUACGGAGUGAUCAAUAACAUCCAUCACGAUAUUGGAACGCAUGUGGUCCAUCAUCUUUUCCCACAAAUCCCUCACUACCAUUUAGUUGAAGCAACAGAGGCGGCCAAGCCGGUGUUUGCGAAAUAUUACAGAGAGCCGAAGAAAUCAGGACCUCUACCGUUCCACCUACUUGGAAGUUUUAUAACAAGCUUGAAAAAAGACCAUUACGUCAGUGACUCGGGGGAUGUUGUGUACUACCAAACCGACCCCGAGCUUAGUUCAAAGUAAAGCUUCAAUCUUUAGUUAAGUAGACCAAAAAAAAAAAAAGUUUCAAGUAGCACGAUUUGCUUGCCUUUUUUUGUUGCAGUGGAGAACCCACGGCUGAGAAGAGCAGUUGCAGAUAGCAGCCUGUUAUUGUAUGUCGAAAUAGGAGUGUAGUAUUUUAUUCUUUGUGGAGAGGAAUUAAUCUCUCUUCAGCAAAUCUAUAAUGCAUUGUAAAACAAACAUUCAAGAAGAUCAAAUGGAAAAUAAUUGAAGAAACCAA